AUGACGAUGGACUCUGUUGAUUACAAAGAACAUGAAGGUUUGAUUCCGAUGAGUUCAGUUCCUUGGUGGAGUGGACUUGUGACUGGAUCAUCUCUUGAGGAAUCCAUGAAAGCGAAGCCUUCAUCAAUUCACAACCACACUACUUUCGGAUCAAAAUUCACACCUAAACGAUCAGAUCAUGAUCAUGAUCAUGAUGCAGACCAAGUGUUCGACAAAAGGGAUAUAACUCAGUUCAGUAUAUUCACUGGAAAUGUUAGUGGAAAACUUGAUCAAUCGGCAUCGGAUUCUGAUGAGUGCAACAAUUCAUCCAACACCCAAAAACCAACGAAAAUUCAGACAUCUUUUUCAAUGGAAUCUGUUCCUUCGGACUAUCUUAGAUUUGGUCAACCUACCAUGCUUUGUGGAAAGUAUAGAGAUCAAUGUUAUGGAGUGUUCUCAACUCAAGGACAUCAAAUCACGGGUCGGAUAAUGUUGCCUUUAAACUUAAGCAAUGAUGAUGAACCGGUUUUUGUGAAUGCAAAACAAUAUCAUGGAAUAAUAAGACGUAGAAGAUCACGUGCUAAGGCAGAAAUGGCAAAUAAAGUUUUGAAAAAUCGUAAGCCAUAUAUGCACCACUCACGUCAUCUCCAUGCAAUGCGUCGACCAAGAGGGAACGGAGGCCGUUUCUUGAACACCAAAAAGGAAAACAACUGCAAAGAUGAAAAUACACAUCUAGAAAAAGACAAAAACCUUUUAAAAUCUUCUAAUUAUGCCAUUUUCAUGUCUGAUCAUAACACCACUAUCUCUCAUCGUGAACCAAAUAACAUGUUCUCAAUGGGAAACCUUUCGGUGGUUUCUUUUUCAGAAAUGAUGUCCGGGAACACAGCUUCCGGACAUAGUUUUGGCAUGCAUGGCAAAUGGGUUGCAGCGGCAGGUGGUGGUGAUAGUCGCUGCAAUUUUACAAUUUAAUGUGAGAUGAGAUCCUGAUGUGUUGUAUGUAUAUCAACAUAUCGGGACCUCUUAUCUUUACAACCAGAUGAAAUAUUUGAAAUAUUUAUCUGGUUGUCUUUGGCAACUCAUCCUUGGCUUAUUGUGUUAAGGUUGUCUCUAACCUUUCUUUCGUUGCAUUGCAUGAUGUGCAAUGUUUUGAGAGGAGUUAUGGGAUGUUCAUAACCUUAAUGCAUGUUAAAAAAAUGAACAAACACUUGGAGAUCGAUGUGUUUGUUUCAUCUUUACUUAAAUGUUGUUGAAAUAAAUCCGCAACUAUGACUUUUUUGGUCUAGUUGUUGGUUUAAAAACUUUAGUAUAUGUAAUUUCUACAUUUUGUGUAACUAUAAACUUCUAACUUUGGGUGGUGUAAUAUAUUUCUAUGUUGGUUACUAGAUGUUUGUUACUAAUUAUUUUAUGUACUUCUCGACUUUUGCAAGUAAUUUUUUUAAGAUUUUAA